AUGGAUAGAGAAGAUAAUAGUAACUCUCCUAGAAAACCACCAGUGGUAGUAGCCGCCACGGCCGGUGGUGGCGGAGGAAACGGUAGUGGUGGUGGUGGUGGCAAUAGUGAUAGACUAAAAAGAGAUGAAUGGAGUGAAGGGGCUGUUUCGAGUCUUCUUGAAGCCUAUGAAGAAAAAUGGAUACUUAGAAACAGAGCAAAACUCAAAGGUCAAGAUUGGGAAGAUGUGGCCAAGCAUGUCUCAGCAAGAGCAAAUUCAACCAAGUUGCCUAAAACUCAAACGCAGUGCAAGAACAAGAUUGAGUCCAUGAAGAAGAGGUACAGGUCGGAAUCUGCCGCUGCUGACGGCUCCUCCUGGCCGCUGUAUUCCAGGCUUGAUCUCUUGCUACGUGGGAAUUCUCAUCCUCCACCAACACCAUCACAUCCUCCUCCUCCUCCUCCACCACCAGCACCACUUCCACCUCCGGUUGCUUCCCACCCUUCAUUAGUAUUCCAUGAUCCACCUCAGCAGCAUCCCUCAGCAGCUCCCGCUGGACUAGCUAUGGCUCAACAGGGGACCAUUAAUCCACAAGUUUCCCAUGAUUCCAAUGGUUGUGAACGAGUUGUCAAGGAAGAUGGAGCUGGUGUUCCCAAUUUUUCCAAUCCAGAAUCUGGUAAAGAUGCCGUUGAGACGGAUAGCAGCACUCCAGCUAUAUACAGUGACAAGGAGAAGUUGAAGUCGAAACAUACAAAGAUAAGAAUAGAAAAGAAGAAGCACAGAAGGGAAAGUUGUGCCAUUGCAGACAGCAUUAGACUGUUGGCAGAAGUUGUGGUGAGAUCAGAGCAAGCCAGAAUGGACACAAUGAGGGAGUUAGAGAGGAUGCGUGCCGAAACAGAGGCCAGAAGGGGGGAAAUGGACCUCAAGAGAACUGAGAUUAUUGCCAACACUCAACUGGAGAUUGCUAAGCUCUUUGCUGGGAUUGCCAAAGGGGGUGCCGUUGAUCCCUCUUUGAAAAUAGGAAGAAAUUGA